CUCAUUUUAUCUCUUGUUGACACUGAUCCAGCCAAGGUGUAUGACACCACUGAGUAGCGAUAAGCUCGGUAAAAAAAGCCACCGCGCUAUUGUGCGAACGUAGGACUUGUGCCUGAGGACGCCGCCAUGCCGGAUCACGGGCAAGGACGGGUGCACCGUUUUCGAGAGCAUGUCGUCGCCGGCGUCAACUGGCGACCGACGCGGUUCGUCGACGAGGUGCCGAAUUCACGUGUAUGCAGCCUCUGCCGCACGAUCCCAAAACGAACAUUGCUGUUGCCAUGCGGUCACGCUCUGUGCCAAUCUUGCUACGCAGCCAGUCUGGAAGGAGGCGUUGGACGGUGUCCAUUGGAUCUAGUGCAAUUCGAAGAAGCGGAGUGCGUCGGUUCUGAAAUCACUACAAGGAUAGAAAAUACUUUGAAGGUCUACUGCUGGAACGAAGCGCACGGCUGCGAAUACAUGGGCACCUUAGACCGUAUGCUGGAACAUUACGAGAAGGAAUGCACAUUUCACACUGUGGAAUGUUUGCGAUGCGGCGAGGGAGUCCAGCACAGCGACCUGCCAACGCACUACGUCACCAGAUGCAGUGCCGGCGUGCCUUCCGCGAUCACAGAGUGCCCGUCCUCGCAAGCUACUGCACUGACACUUGCAGACGUGAACGCUGAUACGAAAAACCUGAAGGCGAUCUUGGGGGAUCUCAUCCACGACCAGCUGCUGCCAGUCAUGCAGAGUCAGUUGAAUGAGCUUACAGAGCAAGUCAGAAAGCAGGAAACAAGAUUCGCUGGGAUCACUCGCGAGAUGGGAACAUCCGAGCGCAAUUCAAAGGGCGACAUGGCUCAAAUAGCAGCCACAAUCUCACCGACAGUGUCUCACCGGCUGACGUCUCAGCCAAAUCCGGCGGAGGAAGCCAGCACGUCCUCGUCGCUGUCGUUGCGCUCGGAAAAGACACUGAUACUUCGAAAGUUGGAACGCUUAGCCGACCUGGAACACUCGCGGCAAACUUCCCCGAAGUCAGUCUCCAGCCGUGUAAUUCCCCAUUGUGAGACUUUGUGCGUUGACGUUCGGCAUUUAACCAGUGCGCUGUCCACGACAGCCACACGGAUUAGAGAAAUUGGGAGCGUGGAUUAUUUCCUGACCCUGGAAAACUGCUACGAAAUCAUUCAGUGGCAGGGAUCGAGAAAAAAGUUUGCUGAGAUUAGGGUGUGGCACAUGAGAGACACGUACUUUACGGUUGCUGUCUCUAAGGGCUUCGGUAUUUCUGCACCUGUUCUCACUGUGGAGGUCGAGUUUAACGGGAUGCUGGUGGACUCUAGGUGUUGGCCGCCUUUUUGGCACGUGAGCGUGUGGGAUAACGUAAUGCGCAAUCAUCGUUCGCUUACUUCCCGUGCCAUGUCUUGUUCCUGCGACCGCUAUGAUGACUCAUUGCAACACUUCCACCUCGAAUUUCAUAUAGAUAUUGCCUCGCUCAAUAAUGACAAUUUCCUCCGAGACGGAAAGAUAACGUUCCAAAUCUUGCUCAGCAAUACAGAAAUGGAUGGUGGUGUCAAAGAAGAACCCUGAAGCUCGUCCUAGCAGAAUGUGUGCUGCACCGCAGGAUCGUCCUUGCCAGUUCCCAUGUGUCUGACGUGACAUUAGUGAACUUUUGAUGUCUUUUCUCCUAAAUGAAAUUGGCUCUGCGAAA